GCGCCGCUCAUCUCUCACUGCAAUGCUACAAUGGGCAGCCUACCUAGGCACCUUCUGUCUGCUGCUCCUCUGGCCCUGUAAGCGGUGGCUCAGUGCCGGUCUCCGGGCCAGUGGGGAAGACUUGGAAGGCUACAAGUUAAUUUACAAACCUUCAGCCCUGGCCAAUUACCUGGUGCGGCGGUGCAGGACUUUCCAUGGGUUUGGGAAAGCGCGUUGGAUCUGGAAGACUUUCCCAACUCUACAGACUUUGGUGGGACUCCUGGGCCCGGUGGAUAAGGGGGUGCAUUUUGUCAGGGAGUACCUGCAGAUGAGCGACGAAGGGCUGGUGGCUUUGGACUGGGCUGUCAAACCUGGGCAACCCCAGAGGAGGAGGCGAGCGUCCAGUAAUUCCACUGUGCCCAUUCUGCUUGUGGUUCCCAACUCGUUCGGCAAGAUAACUAGGAACACCAGCAAGAUGUGCCACUUGGCCCUGACCCAUGGUUACCAGGCUGUCAUCUUUAACCGUCGCAGCCACAACGGUUGUCCUUUGAGUACAGUCAAGUUGCAGCAGUAUGGGGACCCUAAUGACCUGAGGGAGGUUAUUCGAUACAUCUGCCAUUGUCAACCCUCAUCUCGUCUGUUUGCAGCAGGGGAAGGUACUGGUUCUGGUCUUCUUUUGUCCUACCUUGGAGAAUGUGGCUCGUCCAGCUAUAUUGCAGCUGCUGGCUGCAUCUCCCCACUGUUUCGCAUGCAGGACUGGUAUGAAGGUGGCUGCUCUUGGCUGUGGAAGGAGAUUCUACUCUUGUACCAGAAGAUGCAUCUAAGCAGGUAUACUUCUGCCUUAGGACAGACCAUUAAUACUGACAGACUCCUGGGGAGUAGGACCUUAAAAGAGUUAGAGGAGGUUCUGUUUUGUCAAACCAAGGCUUUGAAUAGUUUGACCUGGGAUUCCUAUUGGGAGAGGAAUGAUCCAUUGCGAGACAUUGAUGAAGUUGCUGUGCCAGUACUCUGCAUAUGUAGCCAAGAUGAUCCAAUUCGUGGGAGGCCAGAGACAACUGUGCCUUUUGAGCUGUUUGAGACAAAUCCACACUUUUUUCUUCUGCUGACUCACCAUGGUGGCCACUGUGGAUUUAUUAAAGACGAUCUUUCCAGCACCAUGUGGAGUCAUAGCGUCCUCAUAGAUUUCUUUAAGUCCACUGUAGACUUCUUUGCAGUGGAAGAAAGGCUAAAAACCUUCUCCAAGAGAAAAGGAACAAUUUCGAUCUCUGGCAACAGAACUGCUCACUGUGGAGCGUCCUGUAGAAGGGAGCAAAACUGCCCUCAUAACAUUCAUGAAAUAUAUAACUGGCAGAGAUCCUACACCAGGUGACAGAAUCUUUGGAUCUAGACCAUGAAAUAUUCUGAAUAUACAGGGCUUCAUCAACCUGUGACACUGAUACACUUGUUAACUCUCAGAAUUAUCAGCCAUUAGGUGCUGUGAGGCACAGUUUGGACACCCUUGGUGUUUAGCAGUAUGAAUAUACACGUCACAACAGCUCCAAAAAAAAAAAAAAAACAGCAAUAGGUUUUUGUAUAGGAUGAGCAUCAAAUAUUACCAAUAAAUGUUACAGAAAGUGCAAUAUUAGGCUUGACAGAGAGGCAUUGUGGCUCCUAUUAGUUCUGUAAAUAGUAGCACUUGUACUUUCUCACUUAUUAUGAUGAUAAAUCUAAAAUAGCAGCAUAUUUAUACAGGUAUGGGACCUGUUAUCCAGAAUGCUUGGAACCUGGGGUUUUCCAAAUAAGGCGUCUUUCUGCAAUUUGGAUCACCAUACUUUUUACUACUAAUUCAAAUAUAAAAUAAACCCAAUAAUAAUAAUGAUUAAAUAUAUCUUAAUUGGGAUCAAGUUCAAGGCACAGUUUUAUUAUUAUAGAGAAAAAAGGAAAUCAUUUUUAAAAAUGUGAAUUUCCUGGAUAAAGGGUUUUCGGAUAAUGGAUCACAUACCUGUACAUUUUUCCCACCCAAUAUUGCGAUAUUUACAUAAACCCAUGUGGGGUUCACUCCACGCGCACAGUAUAUUCUAUUUGAAUUUAAAUCUAUUUAUAUUAAAAUUGUUUGUGGUUAUUCUGUAA